UCUGCUAUCAUUUCUGAAGUACCUAUCACAUUUGUACUUAAAAGACAGCAGUUAUAAAAGAAACCCACAGGGAGAUGACCCAGAGGACGUUUGAACAAACAGAGCAGGCUCUUCACGGAACUUUUGAGACUCCACAGCUCUCAGCGUUUGAUGUAAAAUGAUGGCAAGCCACGUACACUGAUAUAGUCUUUAUCCUUGACCGUCUAAACAUUAUGACCAGCAUGAUGAGAGUUUGUCUGAUCCUCCUUUGGACAAUGAUCGUGGUUCAGCUACACGUACCUCAAGGUAAAGCAGUUCAGGUUUUCCCACCUGUUAACUUUACCCUUACGGUCUCCGCAUUAGCUCGAGUACUUCUACGCUGGAAGCCAAACCCCAAUCAAGAACAAAAAAACUACACUAUUAGAUAUGAUGUGAAAAUCUUAGCUCCUGUGUCUGAAGAGUAUGAUACAAAGAAGACUCACAGUUUCCAAACAGCUGUACUUCACAAUGGUUUCUCUGCACACAUUCGGACAUUACUUUUCCAUAAUGGCCUUCAGAUGACAAGUGACUGGGUGACAGCAGAACUCCAGCCUCCACCAGGUGCUGCAAAUACAGCUGUCACUAAUUUGUCCUGUGCUACUCAAUUCACCAUUUUUAGUACCGUUUCUCUCCACUGCACUUGGCUUCCUGGCAAAGGGGCCCCAGAAGAUACCAAGUACUUUCUAUUUUACAGGUAUGAGACCUGCACUGAAGAAUGUCAAGAUUAUAUCAAAGACAAGUGGAACAGGAAUAUAGAGUGCAGAUUUUCAGUGACUCAUAUUAUUCCUGAUGAGAUCGACAAACUCAUUGUAAUACAUAUUAAUGGGUCUAGCAAGUAUGCUGCAAUCAGACCUUUUCAGCAAUUAUUUAACCAAAAUGCCAUUGAAAAAGUGAAUGUUCCCAGAAAUGUCUCUGUAUUCUUAGAGCAAAAUGAUCUCCUGGCCACAUGGGAGAAGCCAAUUUCUCCUUUCUCUAAAGAGUGUUUUGAAUAUGAAUUUUACCUCAUCAACCUGAAGACAGGUAACGAGCAGAUAUGGAACAUAUACUCAAAUGAAUUCAGAUUAAGGAUUGACGUUACGUGCAAGUAUUCCAUACAAAUAAGAGCUAACCAUCAUAUAUGUUGUAGAAGAGGAUUUUGGAGUGACUGGAGUGAAAUUCUUUAUGUUGGAGAAAACAAACAGGAGAAUUUCAUAGCCUGGAUUCUGGCUGUGCUCUGUGUGUCCAUGUGUGCUACAAUCGUGCUUGUUGGUAUAAUAUGCAAAAUGAAAUUUGUAUGGCGUAAACUGUUUCCACCAAUUCCAACACCCAGCAACAAGUUCAGAGAUCCCUUUCCAAAUGAGUAUGAGAGAGCACGCACCUGCACCAGCGAGACAGAGACGGAGCUCGUCAGCUUCGACGAAGAUCUCUCCUGCAGUGCCCUGGAUGACUUUGUCUUCUGAGGCAGCGCAGGCUCACACAGCAGGGCCACGCCAAGUCCCAGGGCACCCCACGUGGGGAUGAGCUGCCCCACAGAAAGUCAUGGUAUAAGCAGGGUGUAAGUGCACGGAACUAGUGCCAUGGUUCUUGCAUGAAAAAAAAAAAAUCCUGGAAAAGAGCUGGUGGCUUUUUUUGGUAGGUAGCUUAGUCUUUUGGAUUUUUUUUUUUGUUUGUUUUAAAUACUUCUGACAACUUAAAGAUGUAAAAAUGCAAAUCGGGAUUUUUGUGUAGCAGUAAGGUACAUGGUACUGGUGCAGGCAGUAAGGUACAUGGCUGGGGCCCCUGGCAACUGUUCUGGGAAAUAGCCAUGAAACCCUGCAGAAAACUGACAGGCAGCUCCCUGAAAAAGAAAGAAAAAAAAAAGGAGAAAGAAAAAGGGCACAUACUGAUAAAUUUCUUCAAUUGCAUCUAGAAAACACAGCCUGGGAAUGCAGAGUUCUCAAUUACACAUAAUUACAGAAAGUUGCCGUGGAACUCUUGGUGGUUUUAACAGGACUUUCUGAGACAGGAGCUGGACGACUCCUUUGUUUGUAAUUUUAAAAAUCCAAGCCCAAUAUUGCAACCUGUUUUUCUUACCUAUCUGUUGUUCCAUCUUAAAGGAACCUAGUCUGGAACAUUGUGGGUUUCUGUUUGUGCUUUGUGUACUUCUGUUGUGUAAUCUACUAAGCAAGUUAACAAAUAAACCUCCUGCCUGAAACUGC